AUGAAAAUAUUCAAGAUAUCUACGGCUCUACUAGCUAUCACUGUCUUAUCUAAGCAUGUCUCAUGUGAGGAUGUUACAGUAAACGAAGAGAAGCAGGACAAGCUGUGUCUCCUAGCAGGAAACAUAAAGAACGUUGAGCUAGUAACCAAAGCCGCAACAGACAGCACAAAAACCGCAAAAAAAGAGAGCAAUGACAAAGGCCCGCAAAAAGAAGAACAGCCUGCUGACUUGGAGUUUACUUUGUGUCUAUAUGCCACAAUGUCCACAGACGGAAAGACUGCUUCCACUGGAGGAGACAAGAUACUGGAGAGGUUUUUGAGCAAAGAGGCAAACUACGCAAAUGCUAAAUACGAAAUAGUCCUGUCAAAUAAAAGCGGUGACAGUGUGUCAAAGGCAUCUUCUAACAGCAUCUCGCUAGACCUGUUAUCAGACGACCAAUUCUCAGAGAAAAGAAAAAACGUGUCUGAAAUAUCUCUGAAGCUAAAAGUAUCUAAGGAAGAGAUCCAGAAGCUCAUUGCCAAUAAUAAAAACAGCGCAUCCGCAGAUGAAGUAGCAACAAUGUAUGCUCUUAAGAUAAGCAACAUGACUGUUCCCGUACUGAGAAAUGGCGGCAAAGACCUAGACGAAAUGACCACAGCUGCACACACUAUUUACACAGAGAUGAAGAGCAUAAGCGAGAUAACAAAUAAGCUGUCAGGAGAAGAAGACUCAGCAGAGAACUUCCUUUCAAGACACUGGAUGGCUAUUCUCGUGGUUUCGGUGGUAGUUAUAACAGGCUGCGUGGUGACUGGGUUCUUAGUAAGCAGAAACAAUGCCUAG